UGAUAACGUUUUACUUACACGUCAAAAGAAUACCAGAAGUCAAGAUUAAAAUGCGACCCAGGAUUCACCUUGAACUUGUUGUACGGCAUAAGAAAUAUUUGGAAGAACAGAUACAAGUUCUGAAACCUGUCUUGGAAAUUAUGAAAAACGCUAUAGAAAAAAGUCAAACUUGGAUAGAAGAUAAAAUUGAUAACCCGCCUCUCACCUACAGCGAACUUUGCCAGCAACUAGAGGCAGCUACAUUGAGUUUGUUGAAUGCAUCUACAUCUAUCAGAAAUGAAAAUAAAGACUACGUAGAUGUCGAGGAUAAUGCGCCAUCAUUAUCUCAGUCAACACCACAUUCUUUAGCAGCAGAAAAACGUGACCAUAGUGAAUCAAAACAUCAAGUCACUAAACACGUUCAAUCAACAGCGGAAAUAUUGAGUCGACUUAAGCAGAUAGAGACAGCCAUAUCUUCUCUACAAGACGUCAGUCGACUUGAGCAGAUAGAGACAGCCAUAUCUUCUCUACAGGACUUCAAUGACAAGUCUACAGAUUACAUAUCAGAAAUAAAACAAUGGAGAGACAACUCUGUAACAGAACAGAGUGACAUGGGGGUAAACAUUGAACAACUGACUAAAAAACAAAAGCAGAAUUUUAAAAACCUCAGAAAGCAAAUUAAUGAACAAGAUAACAAAGUAAAGGAGCUGAACAAAGAAAUUGAAUGCUUAAAAGAAAAAGAAACCAAGUCAAACAAAACACUAGAGAAACUGUCUCUAGAUAUGAAAAAAUAUGAAAACAACUUACACAAAAUAAAUAAAGAUAUGCAAGACCACACAGAUAAAACUGAUAGUAUAACACAAGAAAUUAAAAGACUUUCUAAUCAGAUUGCUGCCUUACAAGAAGAGAGUUCUAAAAACAUGCUGAAUACAUCAGCUCAAUUAGAAAAGCACAGUGUGAUAUACAAACUCCUACAACAGAGAUUGAUGCCCAUUGACAAACUGAUUCAAAUCUUUAACCAGAACUUGGAAACUAGGGAAGAAAGAAAAACGAGGGUGGAAAAUAUUGAAGAUGCCAUUUCAAAAUUGUCCAAAGAUUUGAAUCUAAUCGAGUCACGUGUAUGUAACAGAUAUGCUUGUCAUGUGACGCUUGAUCCCACACCUGUCAGUGCUGGAUCAAACAUUUCAACUUUUCAUGAAUCAGCAUUACACAUUUCCAUCUAA